AUAAAAAAUUAUUUCUCUUGAUACAGUAAUUUGAACAUGUCGGUUAAGCAACCUAUUGUAAGAGGUGAACUCACAAUCUACUGCAACAGAGUGACUAUAAGUCCCUACCUUAAAAUAGAGCACAUUGCUAUUAUGUAUUAUUGUGUGUAGCACCAUCCUUGCUUUGUAAAGGUUAGGGAUAUUUUGUAAUAUAUAAUUUGAUAGGACUAAUCACAAUUCACAACUUGACUGCAUCUUUCCAGAACUAAUAUGGAGCACCAAACAGAUAGAAAGCCAAACUUUCCUCCUCGAGUUCUCUUCUUCCCGUUACCCGCUCAGGGACAUAUAAACGCCAUGCUUCAUUUGGCUGAGCUUCUAGCCAUGGCCGACAUCGACGUAACGUUCCUCAACACCGAUCAUGUCCAGGGUCAACUCCAACAACGAGCUCACAUACAAGCCAAGUAUGCAGCCUACUCUGGUUUCCUCUUCCGAACAAUACCUGACGGUUUGCCUAAAGAUGAACCUCGUUCAGGUGAACAGAGUAUUCUUCGGGUGCUUAAUUCCAUGUUGAAGACGACAAAACCAAUUUUGAAAGAUAUGUUGCUUAGUGGUGGUGUAUUGGGUUCAGAUAGAAGCCCUUACGUUACUUGUAUUAUGGCCGAUGGAAUAUUUGGUGGUCUUGCAAAUGAAAUAGGAGACGAACUCAAUAUUCCAGUCAUUCAUUUUCGUACCAUCAGUGCUUGCUGCUUUUGGAUUUUCUUUGCUAUUCCUGAUAUCAUAAAAGCCGGCGAGCUUCCAAUCAGAGGAGAUGAGGAUAUGGAUAGGAUCAUAACGAGAGUACCUGGAAUGGAAACCAUUCUAAGAUGUCGAGAUCUACCUAGUUUUGCUCAAAUUAGAGAUGUAGAGGACCCCCAACUUCAUCGAAUUGUUGAAGUAACAAGACAGAGUGCUCGAGCCCAUGCCCUCAUACUCAACACAUUUGAGGAUCUAGAAGGACCCAUACUCAAUCACAUAAGAACUCAGUGCCCCAAAACCUACACCAUUGGACCGCUCCAUGCCCUUCUCAAACAUAAACUAACCAAAAGGUUGCUGUCAACUACUCGAUCUUCGAAAAGUAUUUUCGAAGAGGACAGAAGCUGCAUUGCUUGGCUUGAUUCUCAGCCUUUAAAGUCAGUCAUUUAUAUCAGCUUUGGAAGUCUUACUGUUAUGACGAGACAUACCCUAAUGGAGUUUUGGCACGGUCUGGUGAAUAGCAACAAGCGGUUCUUGUGGGUGAUGCGGCAAGACAUGGUGGCCGGAGAAGACGGUGAAAUCCCGCCAGAGUUGGUGGCCGCCACUAAGGAGAGAGGGUGUUUGGUUGGGUGGGCACCGCAAGAAGAGGUGCUGGCUCAUCCGUCAGUGGGUGGGUUUUUGACCCACAGCGGGUGGAAUUCGACUUUGGAAAGUAUUGUGGCGGAGGUGCCAAUGAUUUGUUGGCCUAAUGCUAUUGAUCAAACGAUAAAUAGUAGAUACGUGGGUGAAGUUUGGAAAGUUGGGAUGGACAUGAAGGGUCAUAAAUGUGAUAGGGAAAUUGUGGCAAAGAUGGUGAAUGAUCUAAUGGUUGAGAAAAGAGAGGAGUUUCAGAGAUGUACGGCUGAAAUGGCUAGGUUGGCAAAAAUAAGUAUAGAUGAAGGUGGGUCAUCUUACUGUAAUUUGGAUCAAUUGAUAGAGGACAUAAGGUCCGUCCAGCAACCGGCAAUGAGUAUUAAUUAGCUCUAAUUGAUGUAUCUAGUUUUAUUUGAUAUUUUAUUCUAAAUUUAGGGGUAGGCAUUAUCCAAUCCAAUCUAACCCAAUGUAUCCAAUUCAAUUUUAAAAAGUUGGAUAUUCAAUUAUAAUUGCAUUGGAUUAGAUGCUAAAAGUUGGAUUCUAAUUAGAUUGGAUGGGUUAUUAGAUGUUAAUAUCAAAAUCCAAUGAAAAAUCGAUCCACUGCAAUUACAUUUAUAUAUCUUAAAAAAUUAUUUAUAUAGUAAAAAAUAUUAAAAAAUAUGAUAUAUUUUUAUUAUAUUUUUUUGUGUGA